AUGUCGGCUGUUGCGCUCAUCUUAGCGCAUGCCAAGGUUGCGUCCGACGCCGUACCACAGGAUUGGCUCCUCCUCCCGCCAUCGUCGCUGCCGGAUGCUGCCAUUGUCGAGGGCAGCCAUCAUGGCGUGCCGACACUCACCCUCACAAACGGCCUGGCCUCGCGAACGUUUGCCGUCCCAUCGGGUGGCUUUGGGACGAUCGCGCUCUCUCGCUCUGGCUUCGGCUCGAAUUGCGAUGCAGGUGGCGCAAAUUUUCUCCGUGCAACCUCUCCAGAGGCGGAGAUGCGUCUCGAUGGAGUCAACUACUCAAUCGGCGGACUGGUUGGGCAGAGGGACUUCGCCUUCUUGAACAUGUCGGAGCUGCCCGAGCUCACUUCUCCCGCCGGUGCAUUCCGCUACUCCGCCCACCGCACGGGUGCGCCGACCGCGCGGUACAAGCCGCCUCGCGGGCUGACCCUCUCCGUCGACUUUGUCGCGCCGGAGGGUGCGCCUGCCGCCCACCGCGAUGUCGUCGUCACGGUCGUGUACGCGCUGUACCGCGGCCUGCCGCUCUACGAGAAGCACGUCGCCGUGACCUGCUCGGGCAGAGGAGGGAGUGUGGUCCUCGAGUCGCUUGCCACUGACGUGCUCCGUCUCACAAAUGAGGCGACGGGCUACUGGCCGCACGCGGAGCGAGGGCACAUCACAGGCGCGAGCACCAGCGGCCGCGUGCACAUGGCGUCCGAGAUGACGCGCGGCACGAAGGACCCCUCCCGCGGCACCACCCGCCUCGGACCGGACGAGAGCUGCACGACGUGCACGCAGGGCAACGGCGCGCUGCUCCUCCGCUCCGUCUACCCGCGGGGCCCGGCAGCGCAGCUCGGCCCCGCCGGCUUCCACGGCCGCUCCUUCGCCUCCUUCCGCACAUACGUGCUCCUGCACGACUCCGACGAGGCGGAGCGGCAAGGCCUCGCCCUCCGCCGGAUGUACCGCACGCUCGCGCCCCAGGUCACGGAGAACCCAACCUUCCUGCACCUCACCGACGCGACCGAGGCCGGCAUCCGGCGCGCGGUCGACCAGUGCGCCGCCGUCGGCUUCGAGAUGAUCAUUCUCAGCUUCGGCUCCGGCCUCGACAUGGAGUCGACCGACCCCGCCUACGUCCGCUCCGUCGCCGCGUCGGUCGAGUACGCACACUCGCGCGGCAUCGAGCUCGGCGGCUACAACCUCAUGGCCUCCUCGCGCAGAGUCGGCCACGCCGGCGACUGCGUCAACGCGUCGGGCGCGUGGAACGGCGCCGCGUGCCUGGCCAGCGGCUGGCCGAAAGCAGAGCGUCGCAUGUCGGAGAAGCCGGACGCGCUGUGCGUAGGCGCCGCGUGUCUCGCAAGCGGCUGGUCUGACGGGUACUUUCGGAGAGUCAAGGACUUCAUCGAGGCGACCGGCCUCGACGCAAUCGAGACGGACGGGCCGUAUGAGGGCCAUUCGUGCCCCUCGAAGGAGCCCGCGCCCCCCCGCGGCGAGGGGAGCUCGGCGUUGACCCUCGGGCGGCUCUACGAGCGAAACAUGGAGUUUUCCGCCUGGUGCAAGGAGGAGGGAAUGUACGUGCACGCGCCCGACCCUUACUACUUUCGAGGCAUCAACAAGGAUGGGAUGGGGUACGUAGAGACGAACUGGAACCUCCCGCUGUGGGAGCAAAUCACGCUCGCGAGACAGAACAUCUACGACGGCACUUGGGUCAAGGCGCCCUCCCAGGGGUGGAUGUUUGUGCCCCUCGUGAAGUACCACGGCGGCUGGCCGCAGUGCUGCGUCGAGCCGGCCGGCUUCCUGCACGGCGAAUGGGAGUUUUACUUGUCGAUGUACUUCGCGACGGGCGUCUCCCCGUGCUACCGCGGCACGCGCCUCUACGACGACGAGGAGCCGGCGAGCGAGGCGCUCGUGCAGCGGUACGUCGCCUUCAACAACAAGUACCGCACGAUACUGCACGCCGACAUGGUCCACCUCAAGCGCGCCGACGGCAACGGCAUCGACGCGCUUUUGCACGUCGAGCCGGUCGCAGCCAAGUGUCGCGAGCGGGCGAUGCUCGUGGUCUUCCACCAGAGCCGCGCAGCGGCCAUCAACACGACGCUGCGCGUGCCGCUCUACUACUCGGGCCUCGACGACGUGGCGAGCGUCUCGCGUAUGGGGGGCGAGGCCACAACGGUGCGGCUGCGGCGAGACUUCUCCGUGACGGUCCGCGUAGAGAUGGCGCCCGCCUCAGUCGCGUGGUGGGUAUUUGAGUCCCCCCCGGGGUCAGCGAAGCGUGCGGAUGCAUCUCAGCGAUCAGUCAUCACGCACACACCCGGCUUACCGGGGCUUUUUGACGCAACGACCAGGACGUAAUGUUUCACACA